AUGUUUCAUCGUCACAAGAAUGAUCCUCUGUGUGGCGACACCAGACUGGAAUCGUGUGGCUCAGGAGCUGAAGUUGAUGCGUUCCUCACUUCUGUUGAUAACUCCCCCGAGUGGGACAUUUUAGUGAGUCCUGCUCUGGUUGGGGAUAUGCGUCCUAUGAUUGAGGACACGGUGGAAAAUGUGAGGAACAUCCAACAGUCCUUAUGGGAACUCCACAAGCUGCUCACUGACCUGCCUGAUGACAUGCUGGAGGACAGCAGAGACUCCUCCUCUCCUGAGCUGGACUGCUCUGCCUGCAGCAACCCAGACACACGGAACAGAUCACAACAGCCUACGUGGAAUCGCCAACAAACUGAAUGGUCCGAUCACCAAACACCUGCCUCACGUGAAGAAAACUAUGAGAAGGACUAUGACCACGGCUCCUACCAUGAAGAGUACCCCUACGAGGAGGCUGCUGUCGUUGGGCAGAUCAACGGCCAUGCCAACCAUGCCAGUCUCCCCCAACAGGGUCACCCCCAGGCCUGGAACCAGCAAGGACUGACUGAGUACCAGCAUGAAGAGCAGCACUAUGGCCAUGGUGAGGGUUGCACAUACACCAGCGUAGGUACUGAGCAGUCUGCAGCAGCCGGCCCUGAUUUCUCCACGGAGGAAGGGGGGUAUGGAGAUGAGUUGUACCCACGUGGGGCUGUUCUCCCUGGGGUGGAAUACCAGAGAGUAGUGGGGGGCCAUGGGGGCGAGCAGAACUACGCUGGUGAGGAUCAGAACAGCACCAGGAAACAUGUCCAAAAGUUUGACAGUGUGGUAUCAGCAGACUGUUAUAAGGCCAACUACAACCCCUACCAGCCUGCCAUUCAGCCCAAGAUGUUCACCUCCGAGGUCCCCCACCAGCAGCUUGACGACCACUAUGACCAGCUGCAGAGAGACUUCCUGGACUCGGCACAGAGUACUGCAGACACUCAGCAGCUAGCCCAGCUCCAGAUCCUCAACAAGGCCCAGCUGAGACAGAUCGAAGACCUGGAGCAGAAACUGGAGGAUUCAAGGCGCAAUAUGAGAUACUUGGAGCAUCAGUUUGCCAUCGUGAGAGAUGAGAAGGAGGGUCUGGCUGUGAGUCUGAAUGAGUCCUCCAGAGUGAUGGAGGAGGCCAAGGAGAGGGAGGUGCUGCUGCAGACUAGCGUUACGUCUCUGGAGCUGCAGGUUCAGGCCCUUACUGACCGAGAUCACGAGAACACCAAGAAGCAGCGUGUGGCGGAGGCAGCGGUGGACAGCAUGCAGCAGCAGAUGACAGAACUGUGUCGGUCAGACAGUCUGUCGAGACUCCGAGAGCAACACGACAGAGACCUGACCGUGGUCAGAGAGCAGCACGACGCCAAGCUGUUGGCGUUACAGCAGAGACUGGACGCCUGCGAUCAGGCCCUGGAAGAUCAGGCGGAGGUGGUCCAGGGUCUGCGUGAUCAGGUGAGGCAGCAGGAGAGACGGAGAGAGGAGGAGCAGGUGGAGAGAGCAGGAGUCAUCAACACUCUCACACAGCGCCUACAGGAGAGCCAGCAGCAGUGUGCCGAACUGCUACAGACCGGUUCAGUCCAGGAGAUGGGCCAGCUGCAAAUGAAACUACAACAGACUCAGUCAGCCAAGACCAUGAGUGACAACAUGAACAAAGCCUUGCAGGAGGAGUUGUCUGAGUUGAAGGAGCAGAUCUGUCUGUAUGAGUCUGUUGUGAAACACGGAGUCCUCUCUGCCGAGGUGACCGGAGGAGACAUCUGGGAGAACCAGCUGUCUGACUCCUAUGUAGACCUGGGGAUCAAGAAGACUCGCUGUGAGAACGGACGAAUUCACAGCACUCCUCUGUUGGGAGUGUCUGAGCCCAACCCAAAGCUGCCCAGAGAGAAGGAGGACUUGGCUGUGAAGGAGCUCCGGGCAGAGUUACAGCGCUGUCUGGCCAGUCUGAAGGGAAAGAGGCAGAGGAUCAGUCAGCUGCAGGACCAUCUCCGGGACUCACAGGGACAGGUGAACGAGCUACAGACCCAGCUACAGACCCAGCUACAGACCCAGCUCGACCAGGAAAAGACCAGAGACCCAGCAGAAACCAGACCAAUGGACCCACAUCCAGAUGUAGCUUCCCAGAAAGAGCUGUCCAGACUGCAGGAGGACAGGCAGCGCCUACAAGAACGCCUCGAGACUCUGGAGAAGAAGAACGUGGAGCUGAAGCAGAGGGAGGAGAAAGUGAAGGGGGCUAACUCAGAGCUGUGUACCAAGAUGAGAGAGAUGAUUCAGGAACUGGACCAGGAGAAGCAGGAGGCUGCUCAGAGGUAUGAGCGAACCCAGCAGCAGUUCAGAGAUGACGUAGUGAACCGCGUUCGUUCAGAACUCGCCCUGGAACACACAGCUCAGAUAGAUGACAUCACGGCACACCACCAGCUGCAGAUGCAACAGCUACAAGCCAAGCUGUGUGAGGUGAAUGGAGAGAUGGUGGCAGUGCAGGAGUGCUACAUCUCACUCUGCAAGGACAAAGACCGGCUGGAGGAGAAGCUGCAGGGAAGAAUGGAGGAGGAGGAGGAGGAGAAGAAGAAGAAGAGGGAGAAUGAGCUGAAAACUCUAGACGAGAGCAGGACUGCUCUGGAGAAGCUGAGAUCAGACCUGGAGAGCCAACAUCAGGAGAAUGUCACCAAGCUCAGAGCCCUGUGGUCUGAAGAGAAGGACAAGGAGCUCAGACAAGAGCUCCAAACCCAGCUGACCAAGGCCAAGGCAACAUGGACUGAGGAGAAGGAGGAGAUGGACAGGUCCUGGACUCAGAGGCUGGAGGCAGCCGUAGCAGACGCCAGAGGACCGAGACCCACAGAUACCCAGGGGUCUCAGACGGACCUAACUGAGGAGGGGACACCUAGCCCUGAGAGGACCCAGGCUGCUCCAGGCUGCACCAUGGAGGAGCUGGACACCAG